AUGUCGGUGUUGGGCAGUGAGACACUCACCGGGUAUGAUCUUACAGUUGGCCCCUUGACUCAUAUGACUUCUCCGUGGCGUGGCGUUCCGACCACUCCUGUAGGUAAUCAGGUGCUCGGUUUUCUUUUUGAAGAACGUGUUCACCACGGCCAGGUCAGCUGCAGUGCAGGUUCUGAGAAUGGUUUCCCCCUCUGCGUUUCUUUGGACGUAACCAUAGCCGCCGUUGAGACGUUCAUACUCCACCUGCACCUCGCCCACAUGACCGUUCAGGUCGCCAUCCAAAACGACAUCGUGGGACAACGGUAUGCCGCGUAG